AUGAGCUUCCAGCUGCUGUUCAAUCUUCCCUGUGCGGCUGCCAUCGCCCACCUCUGCAACUUCUCUCAACUCGGUUGCUUCAGCACUACCGGGUUGCAGUGCGGAUUCCAGAUUCUGACUGGAGCUGAGCCUCUGAUCGAGCUCUCAGACUGGAGUAGACACAACUCAUCUCACUGUCUUCAACAGCUGAAAACGUCCCCAUCUAGCUGCUGCUCCACCAACGUGCUGCCAGACACGAGUCAGAUCGACGCUAACUCGUUCCAACCCGAACUCCUGAAGCCUGGACGAGCUCUCGAACCUGGUCAUUUCCGAGAGCAACGUUCUGAAGUGAUCAGACCCGUGGUGGGACUGACUCAGACUUCUCUGCACCAUCAGGGAGAAACAGAGAACUCAAGGAAGGGAAGAAAGAAAGUAGAGAAAGGGAAAGAAAGAAGAAGAAAGAGGGGGUGAAAGAGUUGCAGGCUGCUGAGUUAAGCCGAGUUAACUCAGUUGGACCUUUUCCAAAUGUUCCACAUUUAGUUCCGCGGUCAAGCAAGGCUUGAAUCCAUACACGUUCAAAUUAAUAAGGUGAGGGA